GCAGUAGCUCCUCCCGUUCCGCGAUGCAAAAUUUAGGAAACAACAUGGGUUUUUUGCUCGCGGGGGGACGAUCCUCAGGUGGCGGAGGCGCUAGUAGAUCGGGUACAUCUGGAGGGCAGCAGAGACGUGGUGCCUCUGAUUUCGUGUUUACGCACAGACUGGAGAGUAAAACGUACGAGAAACUGUUGAUCGACUAUCUCUAUAUCUUUCGCAAUCCAUCUUCUUCUGGUGCGGGACCAAUUUCGGGAGGAGGAGGGGGGCUAAGAUUUAUUAAGGCUAAAUAGACACUCACGUGGUCUCACUAUCUCUAUCUCAUGUGGUGGACCAUGGAUGCAGCUGAGUGGGUUUUUUCACUUAAAAAAGGUCAGUCAAGGGGACGAUCAUUUCUUUUAAAGGUCAGUCAAGGCGGUAAUUUUAAGAGGGACUACUUGCAAAGGGGUAGGGGAACCAGACUACAAAGGAGAUCCACCACAGAACCAGGGAUUGAUAUUGAGUGUCCAGCUUCAAAUUUAGCAACUCCUCCACAUCCGAUGCAGAAGUCGUUAGGAAAGCAUCGAGACUGCUUCACUGUCUCCUUUACGAUCUGUGGUUUGCUGCGGUGCUAGACAAAGACACGAAAAUGCAAAUCCAUGGAAAUAUGAGUCGACAAG